GCAAAGAAUACUCACUCAUCGAGUCUUCAAGUAAUUUCCUUCUUUCGCUUAUAGUCCUUCUCUGGCAAUUAUGUUCUUCUUCCGCGCACUCACCGCAGCCUCGGCGUUCUUCCUUGCCGCCAGCCCAGCCCUCGCUUCUCCAGCACCCAUCCAAGCCGACCUCGUCAAAUGCGACACCGAGUUGGUUGCUCGUUCAGAUGUAGACGUCCUCGACGUCUUCACGGACCUCAAGGGCGUGGUCGAUGAGAUCCUACCAGAAAUCGAGGGCCUCAUCAAAAACAAUACCCUCACCCAGGACUUGGUCAUGCCCCUUAUCAACGACCUCACGGGGGCAAUCAAGAACGCGACGUCCGAGUUGGGAAGUUUGGUUGGGACUUCGGUUACUAAGAGGAGCACCGACGAAGAUAUUGCCACUCUCGUAGCCGGGAUCAUCACCGAUAUCUCGAACACGAUGGACGGCCUAGCCACCGCUAACAUCGACUCAUCUUCCUUGGAUUUGGGUUCGAUCCUUCUGGAUGUCGGUGGUGUUCUUGCCGGAUUAGUUGUUGCUCUCGUUGGGGUAGUGGGCGGUAUUCUGGCGCUGUUGCUUCCUCUGCUCCUCCCUGUCGUUGGUCUGCUUGUGACGAUUGUUGUGGGAUUGCUGGGCGGGCUUUUGGGUCUGAUUCUUUGAAGGACAUUUUUCAUAUACACGUAUUCUGAUAAUAUCGGACAGACCAGUCUUUUAAUGCAUACAUAGUUCAUGCGAAUCAUUCGUUCAAGCAGCUGCUGUCCGCUAUAGUUCUUGAGAAAUAUUCAGAGAAACAGUGGCC